AUGGCGCGCUCUCAGUCAAAGUCACGGCCGGGGAGCAGCGAGCUCGACAUGUGGUCUACUUUGCUGGACAAAGUAGCCAGCGGCAAGAGGCUGCCCGACAAGAAGCUGAUCGUCCUGGGCGGCUCCAUCGACUCGCAGCGCGACUUUGUCGACUCUCUGGCACAACAACAGCAGCAAAAGACGAAUCGCCUGAGGAAACCCGAUCAGAAGAAUGCUGCACCUCCGCUCGCCACACGCUUCGGACUGGGCUACACCUACCACAAUGUCUUGGACACGGAUCACGACGACAUGGUUGCAAGACUGUCCCUCUACACCCUGACCACUCCUGACAAGCAGUAUGCGCCUCUGCUCACCCGCCUCCUUACUCCCGAUGCCAUUCCUAACACCGCUGCCGUCAUCCUGCUCGAUUGGGCCAGACCAUGGGACUUCAUCCACACUCUACGCCAGUGGGUGCGCCUACUCAACCUCGUUACCUCGUCGCUUGAUGAAUCCGCUCAAGCCGCCCUGCAAGAGAACAUGUCUACAUGGCAGCACCGCCGCGACCGCGAUAUCGCUACUUCCAUGACCGACAACCACACACCUUUGCCUUUGGGACCCGGCGAGCACGACGACCCUUUGGGUCUGCCCNUCCUGGUAGUCUGCCAGAACGCCCAGCACAUUGAAUCCUUGGAGAAAGAGCGUGGAUACCGCGAAUCGCACUUCGACUACAUCCUACAAUUCCUACGAACGGUUCUGCUCAAACACGGUGCUGGUCUCGUCUACACCAUGCCCGCUCAACCAGGCUCAAUACAACCCCUCGUCCACCACGCCCUAGACAUCAACACCUCACCCGACGGCCCUCCGAAACACAACGUCGUCGAUCGCGACAGAGUCCUCGUACCGUCUGGCUGGGACAGCUGGGGCAAAAUCCGCGUCUUGCGCGAAGGCUUCGACGUCGAAGGCAUCAGCCGCGCCUGGGGCGUCGAGAUCCAAGACCUACCAUCAACGCCAAACUCUCCUACUUUACCCUCAACACCCGAAGCCCAAACCGCCGGCGGAGCAGCAGAAACCUCGCUCGCAGACCAAAACACCACAAUCUCUCUUUACGAACAGCAAAUCCAAAACCCACAUCCACCUGCCCCUUCACAGCCAAAGUUGGAAGUUGAAUGUACACCUGACCAGAUCUUUUUGGCUGCUCAAGCAGAGAGUCUAGAUCGUUAUCGCGCAGAAGACGAGGCAACAAAGAAAGCUCGCGAUGCCCGUCGUGUGGCUAAUGGAGCUGGUACACCCUCUAGCACCGGCACCGACGAAACAGGCGCCAAAGCCAUGGCCGAGCAUGUUGGCCCUGUACAGUUCAACAUGGGCGGUAUCCAAUACGACGCUGAUGAGGUGCUGAGACGCUUGAAGCCCGCUACAACAUCAAGUCCAGGCGGCACUUCUACGCCGUUUAGCCCUCAAUCACCUCCACCUCCGUCUUCGAGCAGCACGACACAAGACGUUGUCAAAGACCUGCCGACCGAGAAUCUGGAAGCUUAUUUCGCGAGCUUGAUGAAAGGCGGAAGGGGCGCCAACAGUGCGCAAAACAGUCCACGACCUACAAGAGAUGCUGGUGUGUAG